GUGCACAACCUUUGGUAAUUGAACCUCUUCCACAGACAAUCGAUACUUUAUCACAAUCAAAAGAUAUAACAUCUGUUCCAUACACGCCUACCACUCCGACUCUACCAGAAUCAAAUAGCCAAUAUUUUAAACAAGUUAUUAAUCGUCGACAAUCCAAUUCAGCAGACGAGUUUGCAGAAAGGAUGCGUACAGCUGCAGUCAUGCUUGCGCAACUAAAUGCAGCACAACAAGUGCGCACAUCUUCCACUGGUGAAACAAUACAGAGGACUAAGGCUGAUACUGAAGCAAUACGGAAAAAGAUAAUUAGCGAAAUGAUGGGCUUAGAGGAGGAAAGAAUGUUGAAAAUAACAACCCAAGGUGUUACCAGUGUAGUUGGUAACGGAGGCGAAGGUGGUGGUGGUGAGAUGUUGGAAGACGAAAGGCGUGUUUUGAUAGCCGUUAAUAAGGAUGACCCAAGUGCUGCUGUAUUUAGUGAAGAGUGGGAAACGAAGAAGGAACGUAUUCGUAAAUCUUCACCAUUUGGUUCUCUUUCAAACUGGCGUCUUUUGUCAGUUAUUGUAAAAACUGGUGCCGACUUGCGUCAAGAACAAUUGGC